AUGGAGCUUCCGGUGUUCGACAUGGCCCCCUUCCUCACUGCUGGCGCCUCCAGCGAUGAAGUGCAGACCCUCUGCCGCCAGAUGGCCGAAUGCAUGCACGAGUCGGGCGUCCUCAUCGUCAAGGACCCUCGCGUAUCGAUGCAGGACAAUGAGACCUUCCUCUCCAUGCUCGAACGCUACUUCGAGCAGCCCGCCGAGAUCAAGAAGCAAGACGAGAGGCCGGAGAUCUACUACCAGGUCGGCGCCACGCCCGAGUUCAUCGAGAACGCGCGCUGCGGCAAGGAGCCCGAGUGCCUCAACCGCAUCGACGAGAUGCCCGAGGAGGACAGGCCGCACAAGCCCCUGUGCCCCGACGCCAAGGAGCGCUUCUUCUGGCGCAUGGGCGAGCGCCCCGAGAAGACCGAGUUCGCCUCCCUCAACGCCGAGCCCGUGGUGCCGGCCAACUUCCCCGAGUGGUCGACCGUGAUGAACCAGUGGGGCUCGAAGCUGCUCACGGCCGUGUCGACCGUGGCCGAGAUGCUCGCGCUCGGCCUCGAGCUCGACCAGCACGCCUUCACCCAGCUCAUGCACUGCGCGCCGCACCUGCUCGCCCCGACCGGCACCAACCUGGCCAAGCACGGCGCCAAGGACACCAUCUACGCCGGCUUCCACUACGACCUCAGCUUCCUCACCAUCCACGGCAAGUCGCGGUUCCCCGGCCUCUACAUCUGGCUCAGGACCGGCAGGAAGAUGCUGGGCGGCAAGCAGCUGGAGAUUCUCACGGGUGGCCACGUCGAGGCCGGCUACCACGAGGUCGUGUGCGCCCCCGAGACCCUGACCGCCAUCGAGAAGGCCCGCGAGAGCGGCAGGUCGCUGUACCGCAUCUCGUCGACGCUGUUCUCGCACAUCGCGUCGGACAACGUGAUGCAGCCGCUGGGCAAGUACGGCGAGAGCGAGGCCGUGCGCGCCAAGUACCCGCCCAUCAAGGCCGGCCACCAGGUGCAGGCCGAGCUCAACGCCAUCAAGCUCGCCGCCGUCAAGCAGGACGCCUGA